AUGAAUCUAAACUGCAAUUAUGGGCGAGGACUGAUAGAACUAAGUAUGGAAUCAUAUAUUUCAAAGUUAAAGGAAGAAUAUCCUGAAAUUAUCAAAGAAGAUGACAAAAAGGUAAAAGUUCCCUAUAUUUAUCAAUACAAAGUUGAUCCCAGGACUGAUGAAUUAAAUCUAACAAAACAAAAACUUAAGCAAAAGGUAAAAUUUUUAGCGGAAAUAGAGGGAAAGUUGAAUUAUAUGCGUACUAGAGGUAGAUUAGACCUAGAAUUCGCGGUUGGUAAAUUAGCCAGACUAGUAUUAGACCCACAUGAAAGAGUAAUUGAAGCAGCACACAAACUACUAUAA